AUGACCACUCGCUUCCAGGCUCGCAAGCAAAAGAUUCUCCAACAGCUUGACACCCCAGAUACCGAAUAUCACGACCUGUCGCCAAAGGGCUCCGUUGACGCCCCAAUUCGAGGACUGAUUGGCGAGAUCAAUCGCUUCGAGGGCUUGGUCACCACUAGCAGCUGCUCAGGGCGCAUCAGUGUAUUUCUUGAAGGCCGUAAAGCAGACACUGCUGUCAUAGAUACCCCUGCUGAAGGCGAUGACUCGCGAGCUGGACCUGGAGGAAAAGGUGGUGGGGGCUCAUGGCUCUUCAUCUCUCAUGAGCCAGUUCAAAGCGAGGACCCAACCCGUGCCUUUAUGUCUGAGUUCGGACUGAAGCCACUUGGACCCGAGAACAAGGCUCCUUCAGUCUCUAGUAGAUACAUUCAUCUCAAAUUCGAGCCUAUGAUUCUGCACAUAUUGACCGCAUCUAUGGACCAGGCCCAGCUUGUCCUCAAUGCAGCACUGACAGCCGGGUUCCGUGAAAGCGGCGCCGUGAGUCUGGCAUCGACAAAGAUCAGCGAUGCAAACCCGAUGGUGGCGGUUCGAUCUGCCGGGUACUCGUUUGACUCCAUCAUAGGCUAUCAAGAUGAAGCCUGUGAAAACAUUGCUCUGAUCGAUGAAAGGUAUUUGAAGAUAUUGAUCGACAUUGCAAACGAGCGCUUCAAGAUCAAUGGCGACCGAAUAGCCCGCUUUCGUAAUGCACUGCUCGAGUCGCAGCAGCACGGUACUUUGCAUACGCCGGCCUCGUCCAAGCCAGACUGGGAGGAUGCAGAUGCUAGAAAACGGAGGAAGAGAGAGGAGGGACUGGCACGGCAGCAGGCUCUGAAGGAUGAAGUUUCACAGACUCAAAACCAGUCGGCAGAAGGGGAUGCGGAUGACAUUGGAGGAAUGUUUUCAUGA